GUGAAAUAGUAUGCUUUUCCCCCGAUCAUUAAUUAGUUUUAUAUAUAUAUAUAUAUAUAUUUUUUAAAUAUUAAUUAUUUAAUUGGUUUUUUCCUUAAACCUCUUAUAAUUAAAAUAUUCGAAGAAGUGAGUAGUGGGCAUAGUAAUUCCAGAGUACAUCUACCGUGUUCCCCUUUUGUGCUGUUGUCUCUUCUCCUUUCUCCUUUAGAUUGUUUUACUUUCCAUCUCCCCGUGACCUCGCUACUGCUCUUCGUUGAUGGACCCACCACUAUCGGGGUUUUCCUCCGGCACCGGCGAAAGGCCGUCACCGACGAGGAGGGAACUGCAACUGCAGGGCCCUCGCCCAACUCCACUUAGAGUCAACAAGGAUUCCUACAAAAUCAAGAAGCCACCGGUUGCUCCGCAGCAGCCACAACAACCAGCUGCUCCGGCGGCGGCGGCGGCUACGACGACCCAGAAUCAGCCGGUUAUUAUCUACUCGGUGUCUCCAAAAGUGAUCCACACAACGGUGAGCGACUUCAUGGGCGUGGUGCAGCGGCUGACGGGGUCGUCCUCUUCGCAGGUGGGGCAGACGUCGGGGUCUACGAGUGGAUCCGGCGACUUGUCCCCGGCGGCGAGAUUAGCUUCGAUUGAGAAAACAAGUCCGUCAGAGAGAGAAAGGGAGAGACACAGAGACACGGAACAAAUUGAAGUAUCGGCGAUAAUUGAAAAUUCAAGUGUUGAAAUGGGGCAGAUCCCGGGAAUAUUAUCGCCUGCGCCGACGUCUUUACUUCCGAUAUCUCCACCGGGGCUGUUCUCUCCGGCGUCGGACCCGUGGAUGUUGAUGCAGAUGAACAACAUGUUCCCCAGCCCGUCGGCGUUGUUUUCAGCUCCACUGGUUUCUCCUUCUCCUUCCUCAUUACAUGAUCUCUCUCCAUUCUUUGACUUUUGAGUAAAGACUUUUCAUGUUUUCCUCUAUCUUAUUUAUUUAUUUAUUUAAUUUGGGGGAAUAGGAAAAGUAAUUUUGUAAUUUCCAGACUGAGAGGAGGUUAAAAUAGUCUUCGAAGAAAGAAAGAAAGAAAGAAAGAAAAACGACAAAACAAAUGUGAAAAGAAAUAUUGAGUUGAGCUGGCGUGGGGACUGGGUAUAUUUUGUACUGUACUUAGAAAAUUCUUACCAAAUACCAGACUAACCGUGUAAUGUUACUGAAAAUUAUGUUUUGUAUUUUUCUCUGUCUGGUCAUUUUCUUUAGCAUAGUGAAAUGGACUUAGUGACAUUCACUAUUUAUACUCUUACCAUAAUCCAAUACACUUGCAUCAUAUUCUUUAUU